UCAUUAAGCAAAGUUAUUCAAAAAUUUAUGUAAAAAUUUUGAAUAAAAUUUAAUUUGAAUUUAGUACACCUAAAGCAAACAGAACAAUACCAUUUUUAUACUUGGCGAAAUAUGUCUAUCGAUGCCGAUUAAUGGUUAAUUGAUAGACCGACUACUUACGCAGCCCUGAGCUAUCGCAGUUGCUGGUGUAAACUAUUUCCCAUCACCGCUUUAAACAUAAACAAUCGUCUUAAUUUCUGCUGCGUACACAGGAAAAAUUGCAGGUUGUUAAGAUAAAUGCAAAUAUUACACACACUGCAUUUGUAUAAUGGACGUUGAAGCUGAGGAAGUGUGUGUUUCGGACGCAGCAACAGCAUGCAAGCGCCAAAAGCGCACCAACUCCAAAGACGAAAGCGACUAUGAAAACGAAGAAGAAGGACCACCACAACCAGAAACAGCAACUGGAUCUAAGGUGGACCCCAAGUUGGUUGGCAAUGGUGAAAACGAGACCAGCAACAACAACAAUAACAAUGAUAAUAAGAAGAAUGAAAUCGAAUUAGAAGCAAGCAACAAACAACAAACGACGGAUGAGCCAAUAAGAACAGCCGACGAGACAGUACACUCUGCUGUUGUCAAAACUUCAGGUGACGCAAAUGCGGAGCCCAAUAAUUCUAGAUCUCUACAGAUUCUGUGCUCAAUGAAUAAUAUCUUGCAAAACGAUUCCGGUGAUAUGCCGACAGCUUCCGAGUCAUCUAGAUCUGAUGCUGUACUGGAGAUAUCGGCCAGACGCAAUGUUAAUGAUGAUGAUGAAGAUGCGGCUGCAAAUAUCGAUUUAAAUUCGCAUGUAUUUCAUCGACAAUUACGACAGCGUCAUCGCACUUAUCGCUCCACAAUCGCGCUUAACUCAGAUGACUUGGACGCAAGCAGUGGCAGUGAACAUCAAUUCAAUGAAAACAACAACAGCGAUACCAAUGAUACGGAUGUCGAUGGCAAUGAUGAUGAAGCCGUGGAUCAGGCAGCAAAUACUGAUGACGAUGAAUCUCAUUCGCAGGAAGCUCAAUUGCAAGAUGACAGCAGCUCCGGUUCGAGCGUUGCCUUUUGGAAUCGCUAUUACACAUCCAGCAAUGAGGAAAACGAUUCUGAUGGCGAAUAUAAUGAGACGGAGGCCAAUCCUGCCGAUAAGGCACAAAUAGAGGUUGCAGUCAACAAAGUCAUGGGUAAGCCGAAGCCCGAUUAUAAUUGGAAUUUCGCACAGGAGCUGAUGCGAAGGGAGCAUAACUUAUUCAAUCGAAUUGAUUGGCGUGGUGGACAAACCUCAUCGCUAAGCUUUGGCCAAGGAUAUUACGCCACCAGACAGGUGGUUGAGCGGAUGAAAUUAUUGGAUGCCUUGAGCUUGCAUCGUUGCUGUGUCAACUGCUUGAGUUUCAAUCGUACUGGCGAUUUGAUUUGCUCGGGCUCCGAUGAUCUGUGCAUCAUUAUUUGGGAUUGGGCAAAGGGCAAACCACGGCACAACUUCAGAUCGGGCCAUAGCUUGAAUAUAUUCCAAACAAAAUUCAUUGACAGCGUCGGCUGCUUGGACAUCGUCUCCUCCAGUCGUGACGGUCAAGUGAGACGCGCUGUCAUCCCACCAUCUGGCAGCAGUAGCACCAAAACCACCCGUCUCUACAACCACAGUGAUGCUGUGCAUAAGUUGGUUGUCGUUCCACAGAGUCGACAUGAGAUAAUGAGCGCUGGAGAGGAUGCUGCAGUGAAACACUUCGAUCUGCGCAGUAAUGCAUGCUCGACCAUGCUUCGGUGCAUCUCCAGCGAGGAUAACAGACGUGUACGUCUCUUUAGCAUUGCACAUCAUCCGUAUAUGCCAGAGUUUUGUGUUAGCGGGUCCGAUGACAAAUUGCGCGUCUAUGACAAACGCAAUCUGAACUCCAAACCUGUGCACGAAAUGACGCCCAAGGACUUAAAAGAUAUAAAGAUCACGCAGAUUACCUGCGCGGUUUACAAUCACAGUGGCAGCGAGAUACUCGCCUCUUACAGCGAUGCGGGCAUUUAUCUCUAUGACAGUCGCAAUUAUAAGGAUGGCGAAUAUCUACAUUACUACGAAGGACACAUCAAUAGCCGCACCAUUAAGGGCGUCAAUUUCUUUGGCCCACACUCCGAAUACAUCAUCAGUGGCAGUGAUUGUGGCAACAUAUUCUUUUGGGACAAGAACACCGAAGCCGUGAUGAACUUUGUGAAAGGCGAUCAUGCGGGCGUUGUCAACUGUCUGGAGCAGCAUCCAUGGAUGCCAGUGCUGGCCACAUCUGGACUAGAUCACAAUGUCAAGAUUUGGACGCCCAGUGGUCAACCAGAAGCUGAGGUGCCGCGCAUGGAUGCCUUGAAGGAAACGCUGCAGCGAAACUUUAGACGUAGCAUUUUGGAUGUGGGCGACUUUGAUAUCAAUCAGAUACAUUAUUUCAUAAGACAGCUAAUAGAACCAAGGCGCAAUGCAGCCGCUGCUGCUGCUGGACAGAAUCCUCGCGAGCGCAAUCAUAAUCUAUUUAGCAGCAGCAGCAGUAGUAGCAGUAGCAGCAGCAACAUCAGCUUGAGUCCUGGAAAUGUUGCUACUGGAACUGGACAGCAGCAGGAACAGCAGCAGCAGCAGCAACGUCGUCGUGGCAGUCAGCCCAGUAGUUCUGAUGAGGGCAAUGCCGAUGUUCUAGGCUGUCGUUCCCAAUGAGAGAACAAUAAUAUCCCCAUCAUGAUCAUUAUCUCAUCAUCAUUAUUAGCAACAUAAUUAGCAGCGGCAUUGUCAUUAAUCCAAAGUCUACACUACGUAUUUUCUUGACUUGUUUCCUGGGUCUUC